CCAGGGAUCAGAUAAGGUGUCCCCGUUCUGAGUAGGUCUUGGCGGCGGCGCUCGUGCUGCACCGGCGGCCACGCGAAAAAAAUGGAGGGUUCUGGGCUGAAUUUCCUGCUCGACGUCGAUGACAGAACUUGGUGGCGGCCAUUGCUGUCUUCUUGCAGGUUCCCAUUGCGAGAGGAGUACGCCAACAACAUUGGGCAGCCAGAUCCGGUUCCUAUGGUCUUCUUGUCCAACAAUGGAGCUGGCCUUGCCGUUCCUGAAGACUCGAAUGAUGGGUCUGAGUGAGCUCAGCAGCUCGGCGGCGAUGGGACUGGUAGAGAAGGAGUUGGUGUCCGCCGGCAUCCGGAUGCAUCUCGGUCAGCGCAGUCGACUGACCGAGUUAAUCUGGAGGCACAUAGAUGGACGAAAAGGUCUGCACCCAAACCUCCCAUUCUUGUCCUGUAAUUGUUCAACUGUGACUACAUCUUCGUCUCUUCUGCGCAGCGUUUUGCCAAAAAAUUGGUUUGCUUUUGCAAAAAUCAUUAGUAAAUUUUUUAUCAUAUCUAAAUAGUAAGUCGUGGCAUUGCAGCCCUUGCAAUAGAGGUGCCUUCUUUUAAAGUCAGGAUCACGUUCAUCAUCUUUUGACAAAUUAUUAGUGUUGCAGAUUAACUGGAUGAAUGUAAAUUAUGUUUGUAGGAAGAGAUGCUGGUAAGUAUGUUUUGUUCCAUACAUUUUCAUGCCUGACAUGAAAGCAUGUACAAUUCAUUAAAAUGGCAGUCAUUUGAUUACAUGAUUCACCUACUAACCAAAAACUGAAAAAUGUUAUGAUAGGGUGGAGCUGUCAGGAGGACGAAUUUGGGGACAGAGCAUCAUGCAAGUAAAGUUAGUCUAGAGCUAUGUUUGAGGAGUUUGGUCGCCUGCUGAUUGAAGGGAUGUCGUACAAUGUGAAGGAAGUAGAGAAGAUGAGGAAAUAUGUUGCAACACACAACAAUGCAGCCAAAAGAGAUAAAUGGAGCAGAGUGGAGUGUGAGGUGAACAUAAAUGAAGAUCAAUCAGAGUUUAUAUGUGAAUGUGGCCAUUUCGAGCAUACUGGGAUGCUAUGCAGCCAUGUUUUAAGGGUGAUGGAUAUACUUCAUCUGGAGGAAAUCCCUGUGAAACACAUACUCAAGCGGUGGAACACGGACGCGAGGGACAUACUUCUUCAACAUCUGGUGCAUGACCAGAAGGACCAUUCAGUGAACUUAUCCUUCACUUGCAGGAGCUCGAUGCUAUACCAGAAAGCCAUGGAAGUUGAACAGAUGGGCGAUGCUAGUGCAGAAUCAUUCGAGCACACGUUUGCUGGCCUGGAAGCUUUGUUGGUGAGUGGCGCACCUUUAGCACAGAAGAGGGAUGGUUCGGGCUUUGAGGACCUUAUGGCAAGUUUGGGCAGUGGUAGAUUUCCUGGAAAUGGGAGGCUGUGUUUGUUGGGGGCAACGGGCCUGACCAAUGCAAUAGUGGUGGGCACUCUGUUAGUGUGAAUGCAUCUAGCAGCUCCAGAAAAACAUAGACGGGUCGACAGUCUGACAAAUAGCAGGGAGAAGGCGCCAUACGAGGGCCUGAGUAAGCAUAAGUUUUGCAGCAUCUGUCAGCACAAGGGGCACAAGUGUACUAUCACCUAUCAGCCCAGAAAGAGGGGAUGUUCCCAAGAAACCACGGAAACCAGGGGAGUGCGAAAACUGCGUUAUGGAAGGGCGCCGCCAGAACAGUUGCACGAGGCCACUCAGUGCUGCUGAGAAAUGAGUUUUGAAUGUUUAAUUUCUACUCUGCAUUAGCUGUAUUGUAGUUCUUUUGAGGAUUUUCUAGUGUGUGUUUCAGAGAGAAUUGCUCCACGCUUGUUCCUCGGAUAUCAGAGGCGUCUUACACGAUGUAACACUGGAGUGACACGUUCUUUGUUACUAAAUUUGGAUAAUUGAUCGUUAGAACUA